AAAGUUAAUAACGUAAAUUAAUAUCGAAGUUGUUUCAACUCCAUUUAUAAUUAGUAUGAACAUAUUAACGUUAUUCCUCAGGUCGUUGUGAACGGCGUUUGUACCUUAAAAUGUUGCGAGUCUUAUUGCAUUUGUUAAUAAUGUUAAGCCGUGGUCUAACUAAAGAAACACUACUUGUGCAAACAACACAAGGGCCGGUCGUAGGAUAUAAAGAACCUGGUGAUGAUGUGUUUGAAUUUCAUGGGAUUCCAUAUGCAACGGCACCUACAGGAGAAAAUAAAUACAAGCCACCUCUGCCAGCACCCAUAUGGUCGAAACCCUUCCAUGCUAUCAAAAAAAAUAUCAGUUGCCUGCAAAUGAAAAAUUAUCUUAUAACAAUUCCUGAUGAAGUUCAAACAGAGGAUUGCUUAGUUGCGAAUGUGUACGUGCCCGAUACAAGUGAAGAGAAUUUACCUGUUUUCGUUCAUAUUCAUGGAGGUGCAUAUAUUUUUGGAAAUGGUGAUUUUCUAAAAGGAAAAAACCUUAUAAGGCGAAGAGCUAUGAUCAUUGUUAAUUUUAAUUAUCGUCUUGGUCCUCAUGGAUUCUUGUGUUUAGGUACACCAGAUGUGCCUGGUAACGCUGGAAUGAAAGACCAAGUGGCUCUGCUUCGUUGGGUUCAGAAUAAUAUCGCCAGUUUUGGCGGAAAUCCUGAUGAUGUGACAAUCAGUGGAUUCAGUUCUAGUUCAGCUGCUGUAGAAUUGUUAACACUCUCGCCGAUAACGAUUGGUUUAUUUAAUAAGGCGAUACUAGAAAGUGGUGCGAGUGUUGCCGCUUUUAGUACUCAAAUAAAUCCUGUUAAAAACGCUGAAUAUUAUGCAAAUCUAUUGAAUUUCAAUAGUGGUGAUGUGUCUAGUCUUGAAGAAUUUUACAAAUCGGUUCCGAAUGAUGUUUUAUAUUCUGUAGACGUUUAUAACGCUACUGAUACUAUAUUCUUUUUCUCACCGUGUGUUGAACGUGAUUUAGGCCAAGAAAUAUUUCUCGACGACUCGCCCGUAAAUAUAUUAAAAAAUGGUAAACAAAAUAAAUUGCCUAUGCUCUUCGGAUUCACUGAAAUGGAUGGCUUGUUUAGAAUACCACUGUUUGAUACAUGGAAAGAUAGAAUGAAUGAAAAGUUCUCUGAUUUCUUACCGGGUGAUCUACACUUUAAAGAUGAAAUGGAAAGAGAAGAAGUUGCUCAAAAAGUUAAACAGUUUUAUUUUGGCAAGCAAGCAGUUAGUGAGGAAACCAUAUUUCGAUAUAUUGAUUAUUUUACAGAUACUGUUUUCGCUUAUCCUACUUUAAGAUCGGUUAGGUUGCAAGUGGAAUCUGGGAACGAGAAUAUUUACUUGUAUCGGUUUGACUUCGUUGAUAAAACAGCAUCACCUGUACCGUACACGUGCGUGCGAGGCGCAGAUCAUUGUGCGCAGACUCUGGCGGUCAUGGACGGCGUGAUUUCGUCUUUAGCAGAGGCAAGCACACCACAACCCUUAAAUGAAGAGAGCCUUUCUAGGGACUAUAAAAAAAUGAAAGAUAUAAUGAGAUUUUUGUGGGCAACAUUCAUAACAACUAGUAAACCCGUACCAGAAGAUUCAAGUCUACCAAAAUGGCCGCCUACUCAAGCUAAUGGAGGUCCUUAUAUGCGUUUGGACAAAUCACUAAAAUUACGAGGUCCACUUAUACAACAACGUGUUCUGUUUUGGGACGAUAUUUAUGACAAAUAUUAUAAUUAUCCUUCGCCACCGUCACACAAAAAUUGUAAAAGGAAAAUCCCAUUUCAUAGUAAUAAGAAAUUUUAGAUUUAAUUAUUAUAGUUUUCAGAUAUCUCAACGGCUCUUAAGCUCGCGCGAGUCUCGAUAAUACAUUUUAGGUGUAACGGGGCAUAGCGAGAUACGGGAGGGCGCAGACAGAUGACCUUGGGUAUUUAAUAUAUUUGAAAAAAACAAUACCCAGUCGCAGUUUUAAUUUACUUCAUGAUAAUUCGGAUCCGGAAUAUGAAUGUAAUUUGAAUUUAAAAAGUUUUAUUAUAAAUUCCUUUGGUACAAUAUCUAUGAAAAAUAUUACAAUUUCCACCAUCAAUACCAAAGCCUAAUUAAAAAGUUGGCAGAAGUAAAAAUUAUUCAUUUAUUUUAUUCACACACGCUUUUGUAUAAGCUGUGUGAAUGUGUGACCGACACGGUUAGCGCAUUUGUAUGCGUAGAGUGGUAUGUUGU